CCAAAUGGGUGAUGUUGUCAGCCCCAUUUGGGGAAAGUGACCUGUCUCGGGUUGGUUGUGGACGCCCAGCUCCAUCCCAUUUGUGGUGCCACCAGGCCUCUCCCUUUUCUGCUCCUCUCCGGAGAGGCUGGAGAGUCCUUUCCCUCCCAGCAGGGUCCUAAGGACACUGGCGGUGCCCCAGGGGAGCCAACAUCCCCUGCUUUGGAGGGCGGCUAGGUCGCUGUGAGCAGCUCCGUGGUGUCCCCUUGUUCUACACUCAGACUAAGAGAGGGCUGUGUGUUUUGUUUGUUUGUUUCUUUUUGAGACGAUGUCUCGUUCUGUCACCCAGGCUGGAGCACAGUGGCACGAUCUCGGCUCACUGCAACCUCCGCCUCCCAGGUUCAAGCUAUUCUCCUGCCUCAGCCUCCAGAGUGGCUCGGGUUACAGUCGUGCGCCACCACACCCGGCUAAUUUUUGUAUUUUUAGUAAAGAUGGGGGUUUCACCAUGUUGACCAGGCUGGUCCUGAACUUCCGACCGCAGGUGAUUCGCCCGCCUCGGCCUCCUAAGUGCUGGGAUUACAGGCGUGAACCACCGCGCCCAGCCCGGCUGUGCUCUUAAAGGGCCGGAGCAAUGCUGGUGCUGGCGACCGAGGCGAGGAGGUGAUGCGCAGGGGACUUCAGUCGCAGAACGCCGCGGGAGUACAAACCCAGGUCGGAGGAUCCCUCCGCGCCCCCCACGCAGGUAUGCCACGGACCACAAUGUGGACAACACCACAGAGAUGCUGCAGGAGUGGCUGGCGGCUGUGGGUGAUGACUAUGCCACUGUGGUCUGGAGGCCCGAGGGGGAGCCCAGGUCCUACCCAGACGAAGAGGGUCCCAAGCACUGGACCAAAGAAAGGCACCAGUUUCUGAUGGAGUUGAAGCAGGAAGCCCUAACCUUUGCCAGGGACUGGGGGGCUGACUAUAUACUGUUUGCAGACACAGACAACAUUCUGACCAACAACCAGACUCUUCGGCUUCUGAUGGGGCAGGGGCUUCCCGUGGUGGCCCCAAUGCUGGACUCCCAGACCUACUACUCCAACUUCUGGUGUGGGAUCACCCCCCAGGGCUACUACCGCCGCACAGCUGAGUACUUCCCCACCAAGAACCGCCAGCGCCGGGGCUGCUUUCGUGUCCCCAUGGUCCACUCCACCUUCCUGGUGUCCCUGCGGGCUGAAGGGGCAGACCAGAUUGCCUUCUACCCCCCACAUCCCAACUACACUUGGCCUUUCGACGACAUCAUCGUCUUCGCCUAUGCCUGUCAGGCUGCUGGGGUCUCGGUCCAUGUGUGCAAUGAGCAUCGUUAUGGGUACAUGAAUGUGCCUGUCAAAUCCCAUCAGGGGCUAGAAGACGAGAAAGUCAACUUCAUCCAUCUGAUCUUAGAAGCACUAGUGGACGGGACCCACAUGCAGGCCUCAGCUCAUGUGACUCGGCCCUCUAAGAGGCCCAGCAAGAUGGGGUUUGAUGAGGUCUUUGUCAUCAGCCUGGCUCGCAGGCCUGACCGUCGGGAACGCAUGCUGACCUCGCUCUGGGAGAUGGAGAUCUCUGGGCGGGUGGUGGAUGCUGUGGAUGGCAGGAUGCUCAACAGCAGCGCCAUCAGAAGCCUCGGCGUGGACCUGCUCCCGGGCUACCAGGAUCCCUACUCGGGCCGCACUCUGACCAAGGGCGAGGUGGGCUGCUUCCUCAGCCACUAUUCCAUCUGGGAAGAGGUGGUUGCCAGGGGCCUGGCCCGGGUCCUGGUGUUUGAAGAUGACGUGCGCUUUGAGAGCAACUUCAGGCGGCGGCUGGAGAGGCUGAUGGAGGAUGUGGAGGCAGAGAAACUGCGGUGGGACCUGAUCUACCUUGGGCGGAAGCAGGUGAACCCUGAGAAGGAGGCGGCUGUGGAGGGGCUGCCAGGCCUGGUGGUGGCUGGGUACUCCUACUGGACGCUGGCCUAUGCCCUGAGCCUGGCAGGCGCUCGCAAGCUGCUGGCCUCACAGCCUCUGCGCCGCAUGCUGCCCGUGGAUGAGUUCCUGCCCAUCAUGUUCGACCAGCACCCCAAUGAGGAGUACAAGGCACACUUCUGGCCGAGGGACCUGCUGGCCUUCUCAGCCCGGCCCCUGCUCACUGCCCCUACCCACUAUGCCGGGGACGCCGAGUGGCUCAGUGACACCGAGACAUCCUCUCCGUGGGAUGACGACAGCGGCCGCCUCAUCAGCUGGAGUGGCUCCCAAAAGGCCCUGCGCAGCCCCCACCUGGACCUGGAUGGCAGCAGUGGGCAUAGCCUCCAACCCCAGCCUCGAGAUGAGCUCUAGGUCCAGGUGAUGACUGCAAAGGAGUGCCCAGGAGCAGGCCACUGCUGCCCAGGGAGCAGAAGAGAAGAUUGUUGGCAGGGGCCACAGAUCUAGUCAGACCUGCCGCCACCUUGGGCACUGCCACUCUGCCCUCUGGACCAGUCUUACUUCGGGAGAAACCACUCAGAGAUGGAUCCCAUUCCCUAAAAGUCUCACAGCAAAGGGGCAGGACUCCCAGGCCCCUUGACCCUGCCUGGCCUGAUUCAGGGCCUGGUGGCCCCAGCCUUCUAUUUCAAGCUGGGCAGAGCCCAGGAGCCCUUCCCUCCCUAAGGACUCAGCCAGUGGGCCCCUCUGUCCCCUUCUACCUCCACCUCAGGCCCCUCCCCUACCUUGAUGUUUGGGUCUUCCCAGCACUCUCCUCCCUGGCUGGUGCAAAGUGCAGGGGGCUGGAGGAGGACCCUUGCAGACCUGUUGCCCAGCACAUAGUAGGCCCUCAUUAAAAGCCAUUUACACUGUA